CUUGCUUCUUGUGCGGUGUCUAGCGAGAUGGCCACCGACAGUCACUUGCCACCAAAUCGACGACGACGGGUCUCAGUGUCAGUGCUCCCUGCCGAGAGCUUGUUGUGAGCCCUGUUUCGCUUUGUCACGCGAGGGAGGUGGUGACCGGCGAUCGGCGUAAGCGUAGGCUCGUAGCCAGCAAAGCCAAAAAUGUCGGCCGGCGACAUGAAGAAGACUGCGUGCGUGACCGGAGGGAACGGCUACAUCGCCUCGGCGCUCAUCAAGAUGCUGCUGGAAAAGGGCUACGCCGUCAAGACGACGGUCAGGAACCCCGAUGACAUGGAGAAGAACUCCCACCUCAAGGACCUGCAGGCGCUCGGCCACCUGGAGGUCUUCCGCGCCGACUUGGAUGAAGAUGGCAGCUUUGACGACGCCGUCGCCGGCUGCGACUACGCCUUCCUAGUCGCCGCUCCAGUGAACCUCCACACGAAGAAUCCUGAGAAAGAGCUGAUCGAGCCCGCUGUCAGGGGAACUCUGAACGUCAUGCGGUCGUGCGUGAAGGCCGGGACGGUGAGGCGCGUGGUCCUGACCUCGUCGGCGGCCUCGGUCUCCAGCAGGCCGCAGCUGCAAGGCGACGGGCACGUGCUGGACGAAGACUCCUGGUCCGAUGUCGAGUACCUUAGAGCCCACAAGCCUGCAGGGCCCUGGGCGUACCCGGUGUCCAAGGUGCUCCUGGAGAAGGAGGCGUGCAGGUUCUCGGAGGAGCAUGGCAUCAGCCUCGUCACCGUCUGCCCCGUCGCCACCGUCGGCGAGGCGCCGGCCCCGACCGUGCGCACCAGCGUCCCAAACUGCCUCUCCCUUCUAUCCGGCGACGAGGCAGAGUUCGCGGUGCUGGACGCCAUCGAGAGGGCCACGGGGUGCGUGCCGCUGGUGCACGUCGACGACCUCUGCCGCGCCGAGCUGUUCGUCGCCGAGGAGGUAUCUGCCGCGGGGAGGUACAUCUGCUGCAGCAUCAACACGACCAUCGCCGAGCUCGCGCGUUUCCUCGCGGACAAGUACCCGCAGUACGACGUGAAAACGAGCCUGCUCUCCGGCGAGCGGCUUGAGAAGCCGAGAGUGCGUCUGUCGUCCGAGAAGCUGGUGAAGGAAGGGUUCGAGUUCAGGUACAGAACGCUGGAUGACAUGUACGACGACAUGGUCGAGUAUGGCAAGACCCUGGGAAUCCUGCCCAGUGGCACAGCCGACGAGAUGUCUACCGGCAACAGGAAGAAGACGGCGUGCGUGACCGGAGGGAACGGGUACAUCGCCUCCGCGCUCAUCAAGAUGCUGCUAGAGAGAGGGUACGCCGUGAAGACGACGGUCAGGAAACCCGAUGACAUGGAGAAGAACUCCCACCUUAAGGACCUGCAGACUCUUGGAUCCUUGGAGAUCUUCCGCGCCGACUUGGAUGAAGAUGGCAGCUUUGACGACGCCGUCGCCGGCUGCGACUACGCCUUCCUAGUCGCCGCUCCAGUGAACCUCCACACGAAGAAUCCUGAGAAAGAGCUGAUCGAGCCCGCUGUCAGGGGAACUCUGAACGUCAUGCGGUCGUGCGUGAAGGCCGGGACGGUGAGGCGCGUGGUCCUGACCUCGUCGGCGGCCUCGGUCUCCAGCAGGCCGCAGCUGCAGGGCGACGGGCUCGUGCUGGACGAGGACUCGUGGUCCGACGUCGAGUACCUCAGAGCCCACAAGCCUGCAGGGCCCUGGGGGUACCCGGUGUCGAAGGUGCUCCUGGAGAAGGAGGCGUACAGGUUCUCGGAGGAGCAUGGCAUCAGCCUCGUCACCGUCUGCCCCGUCCUCACCGUCGGCGCCGCGCCGGCCCCGACCGUGCGCACCAGCGUCCCAAACUGCCUCUCCCUUCUAUCCGGCGACGAGGCAGAGUUCGCGGUGCUGGACGCAAUCGAGAGGGACGCCGGCUGCGUGCCGCUGGUGCACGUCGACGACCUCUGCCGCGCCGAGCUGUUCGUCGCCGAGGAGGACGCCGCCGCGGGGAGGUACAUCUGCUGCAGCCUCAACACGACCAUCACCGACCUCGCACGGUUCCUCACGGACAAUUACCCGCAGUACGGCGUGAAAACGAACCUGCUCUCCGGCGAGCAGCUUCAGAAGCCGAGAGUGCAUCUGUCGUCCGAGAAGCUAGUGAAGGAAGGGUUCGGGUUCAGGUACACGACGCUGGAUGACAUGUACGACGACAUGGUCGAGUAUGGCAAGGUCCUGGGAAUCCUGCCCUGCUGAUGUGGUGCUCCUCUGCUUUCGGCCGGCUGUCGGGACUUGAAGUGUCAGAACCCUCCUGCAGAACAAGUCUGUAGGAGUAUGCUACAAGUGUGCUGAACCGUAUCAGUUCAGUCAGUUUGUAUAUGCUGAGGUUAUGUACCUCUGUCACGUUAGAAGGCAAAAUAAGUGCAGUUGGUUUGAACUCUUUCGGCAAUAAUUUGUGGGUUUCAUCGUGGACAGAAAUGAUUCAAAAGUAGUUCCAUCGCUGAUGGCAUUUUCCAGAAAGAAAGAGACUUGUUCAUACCAUUAAAGCUAGUAUUUUGGCGACCAAAAAAAUUGUCAUUAUAAAUUGUGUCACGAAACAAUGUCUUUAUGCUA